GAUAAUAACCGUGCCGAAUGCCGAGCGUUCCUGCCCCUGAGUCCGCAAUCAAGCGCGCUGCCUUCAAGCAGCAGCAGACCGAGAACUUCAAGAAGGCCAUCACAGCCGCGAAGCUUGCCAAGGCCUCGCUAAGGAAGCUUGCCUACCAACGCGGUAUGCGGUACUCCCGUGAAUACCGUGGGGCCGAGAAGAAGUUGGUGACGCUCCGCCGCCAGGCCGCUUCAUCUGGUAAUUUCUUCCUCGAGGCAAAGCCGAAGGUAGCCGUGGUGACCCGCAUCCGCGGUAUCGCGAAGGUCCCGCCGAAACAGCGCAAAAUCCUCCAGCUCCUGCGCCUACGCCAGAUCUUCAACACCGUCUUCGUGAAGUUGAACAAGCCGAUCGAGAACAUGCUGCGUGCGGUUGAGCCCUACAUCGCCUACGGCUAUCCCUCGCUGAGCACGAUCCGCGCGCUGGUUUAUAAGCGCGGCCACCUCAAGAUCAACGGCCAGCGCAUCAAGAUCGUGGACAACGAGCUGGUCCGCGAUAAGUUCAACCACGACGACGUCGUCUGCGUUGAGGACAUGGUGAAUCAGAUCCACACCUGCGGCAAGCACUUCCGCACCGUCACGCACGGCCUGUGGCCCUUCAAGCUGGCCCCCCCCGCCGGUGGGAUGAACCAGAAGCGCCGCCACUUCGUUGAGGGCGGAGACUUCGGCAACCGCGAGACCCUCAUCAAUCGCUUCCUGGCCCGCAUGAUCUAAGCAACGGUGAUUCCACUAUUACCAGAGGAUUAUCCUACAAUCUGAAAUUCUUUUUUAUUUGCUUCUUUAAUUACACAAAAAA